AUGUCAUCAAAAUCACGGAUUUUGAUUGUCGUCACCAAUGUCUCACAUUUCAGCGACCCAUCCGAGCCGACUGGCCUGUGGUUGUCAGAGCUCACGCACGCCUGGGAUGUCUUCAAAGAGCACGGUGCCGAAAUGACCAUCAUCAGCCCGCGGGGUGGUCGCUGUCCUCUCGACCCUCGCUCCCUGAAAUUCCCCACCUACGACAAAUCCGCGAAAGCAUGGCAUACCAAUCCAGAACUGAUGGGGCUGCUAGAGACUACGGCGCAUGCACAGAGCAUCAAUCCAGACAACUACGAUGCUAUCUACUUCACCGGCGGACAUGGCGUCAUGUUUGACUUUCGCGAAUCGGAAGACUUGCAGCGGAUCACUCGAGAGAUCUUCGAACGGGGUGGCAUUGUCUCCUCGGUCUGCCAUGGCUACUGUGGGCUGCUCGACACCAAGCUCCAUGACGGCUCGUACCUGAUCUCCGGACGCAAAGUCACGGGCUUCUCCUGGGCCGAGGAGAGACUGGCGGGUGUCAGCGGCGUUGUACCUUACAACGUCGAAGAGGACACCAAGAAGCGCGGCGCUCAAUACAAGAAGCGCUGGCUGCCAUUCAUGUCGUACACCGUGGUGGAUCGUAACUUAAUCACUGGCCAGAACCCAGGGUCUGCGAGAGAGACGGCGCUGAAGGUUGUCACUGCUAUUCGUGGGGUACCAAAGCGGCCGGAACAGAACCCUGGAGUGGAUUCGACAGACAAGGAUCUGAAGGAUCUGGAGGCUAAAAUAUAA